AUGUCCGCUUCGUCGUGGAACCGCACGGCCAUGAGUUCCGGACGGUCGUCAACGGCGAGGGGCGCUCAUCCUCAAGACGUGACGACCAUGCCGUCAGUCAAAGAUUUGAGGCUGUUGGAUCCGUGUGCCGCCACGGCGUCCAUGCUUCUAUACGCACAGGGUCCCUCGAUUGUAUGCUGCCACCACGACUCACUCACCAUUGAGAGGAGAUUCUCGAGGCACGCCGAAGAAGUCCAGCUGCUCGCGGUAGACAACCAGAGCGAUGUUGGCGGGGGCAGACUGGUUGUGAGCUACGACGCUGGCCAGACUGCCAUUGUAUGGGACUUGAUGACGGGGGAUGAGGUUGCGCGAUUCGCCUCGUAUGAGAACCUGACGGUGGCAGCAUGGAUGCGAAAUGGAAAUGUCGCUUUUGGUAAUGCGCAAGGAAGCAUCAUUUUGUUUGAGCCAACGACUUCAGAGCACAUUUCGUCUCGCACAAUCGAUCAGAUCGCCGUCACCGCAUUGGCGCCGUCAUCUGAUUGUCGCACCUUUGCGAUCGGAUAUCAAAAUGGAUCACUUCUGAUUGCCACCCUUCAACCUCGUUUCACUAUUCUGCACAACUUGACAACCUCGAGGGGCCCCUCGCCAAUAGUCACGCUGGCAUGGCAUGCGUCUUCGUCGAAGCAAAAGUCUGACAUGCUGGCGGUUCAGACACAUGACGGCGACUUGCGGGUCUGGAGUGUGGCCAAGUCGUACAGCGCCGACGACCCAGCCAAGGUAGUCCGGAUACUCCGACGGAGGGAGAGCUUCCUCGCGGGGCCAAAUUGGAUGGGCUGGUCAAAGAACGGGCGCAUCAUUCAAUUCUCGGACUCCGAGACACUCUCAUGGGACGUAAGGACAAAGCACGUCACCUUUGAUUCGAUACCGACGCUGGAGCAUGUCAAAGGCCUGGCGGUCUACGGUCCAGGCGCCACCUUGUUCACGAUUGGGCCCAACUGUACCGUCCAGCAGUUUGACCUCAACUCGCCUUCCAUCAUGGUGGCCAACGUCCAACACCCUGCAAACCUCCUGCCGCCCUCACCACCCAACUCGAUCGAGGGACCGGGGAGCAAGUCUGCUCACUCAGCCACCACCAUCCACACUUCCGACUCUGAUGCCACUUCUGCACCCGUGGAGAUGAACAUCUCGGAGAGCGACGAGGACCACUCAUCGCCCUUUGCGCGGCUCGCGGCCAGGGGCGCUGACUCUGGCAAUGACCGGUCUUACGACUCAGCAAGCCCGGUAUCGAGCCGUAGUGGCUUGUCAUCACUUUCCAAGUCGUCGGCCGGCUCACGCACGCCCGGUCGUAACAAUGGCUCUCUGAGGUCGCGGGGCAUGACCGAGAACACUUACAUCUCGGCGGGGUCAUCUCUGAAGUCGUCUACAAGUGGCAGACGAGAGGCGGACACAUAUUCCAUGGGCUACUCUCUACCGACGACAAGUGUGCCGUCUAUGGCGUCUUCACGAUCCAGGCACCGGCCGUCCAGGUUAAGGCACGAGGUUCCGCGGAGCCCUGAUGACAACAAGGUGCACGAUCUGUUCAAGUUUACGCGCACGCGGCUUAGCGACAUCCCUUAUAAGCACCCUAGAGGCGCUGACAACUCACGGCUCACCAACGACGAUCUUCGGCGCCAAAUGCUUAGCACUAUUUUCGGAUGGAACAAGGACGUCGAGGAUCUCGUCUUUGAUGAGAUGAGCCGCCACCAGCCUGGAUCUGCCAGCCGCAUCUUGCUGGCCAAGUGGCUCGGUGACAUGGACUCUGACAUCAUGGCUGGCAGCUCUGCCAACAUGUCUUCAUCGGAUUGGAUGUUGUUGGCGCUGAGUGGUAUCGGUGGUCAGCAGUCCCAGCACAAGCUUGGUCGAGCCUUUGUUCAGAGGUUGCUCGAGAGUGGUGACGUCCAUGUCGCCGUGACCAUUAUGCUGGGCAUGGGCGACGACAACGACGCCAUCGAAGUCUACAUCUCGCACAAGCGCUACAUGGAAGCACUGAUCUUAGCCAGUCUCACCUACCCCAGCGUCUGGGAGCGUCAAGCUGCCAUCAUCAGGAAAUGGGGUGAGUGGGCUGUACAGCACGGGCAGCAGCAGCUUGCCAUCCGGUGCUUCGCUUGCACCGACCAAGAAUCCACAGAACCCUGGACCUCGCCCUCGGCAGCGCAACUCAACUUUCAGAGCAUCACCCCCAGUAUCCCAGAGGUGUUGAGCCCUCCUCUCUCGCCUCCAGGCCUCCAGCGCGGGCCGCAACGGAGCAUCGCCAAGACUUCGGCACUGAAACUCAUUACCUCGUUUGGAGACCAAAGCCAGAAGUCAAAAUUCUACUCCCAAGGCGAUGGGGGCCAGACACCAAUUGCCGCUGGCGUGACGCCCAUCGCAGAGUCGGCAAUCUCUCCAGGUGGCUCCUACGAAGCUGCAACGGCCUUUCUCCGGCCCUCCAACAAUAGCAGGUUCAACACACCUACCUCAGCACGCGCUGCAAGCUCUACCUUGAGUCGGGGCAGGCUUCCGUCAAUCGGCGAAGUUCCUGCCGACCUCAACCGUGGCAUGCUCUCAGCAGCUGCAGCUUCUCCUGCAGAGAAGAAAGAGGUACGCCCUGGACACAGCCGCAUGUCCUCGUCGGAACAAGAGAACCUUGCUGCCGGGAUUGCAUUGCAGCGAGCUGCGACUGCCAGCCCCAUGAUGAUGCGUGAUCGGUUCAAGCGCGUCGUGGUGGGCAACGCGGCCAUCACUGGUGAAAGGCCACCGUCCCCCAGCCAGGACGUCUUCGCUAAGAUGCGGGAGGCAACUUCAACUCGCCGCAACGGUUCCCGGGAUAGAAUCCCGCAGGGUGUCAACCUCCAGGUACAUACCGAGCAGCCCAGCACCGCGGAGGUGACAUCGCCGGAGCAAUCCGUCUCAUCCUCGACCCGGUUCCACUGGCCCACGAGGCGCCGCGGACCUGGCUCGGUUGCGAGCUCCAUUACUUCCAACUCAAGCGCCGGCCGUAGCCUACGAACCAACCCGCGUCACCGUGACGACUAUAUCCACAGCCUGGAGACCGCUCAGCAUUACUCAAAGAGGAACCGGAGCCAGCAUGGAAGCAAGGAACGGACGCGUGACUCAUCGCGUGGACGCCAUGGCAGCAGGGAAAGACGUGGCAAGUCGAGGGAAGCAUCCGAGGAGCGAGGUCGCGCCUCUGCUCGAAGCUGGACGAAGCCCAAGAGAUCUCCCACGUCGCCCGUCCCCAUGUCGCCGGAGGAUCUAGCCAACUUGACGACAAGCAAGCACCUCGACGAUGCAGCGGAACCAAGCACAGUCAGGAAAGCGAGCGGGACAAAGUUCAAGACCGGCAGCCGGACUUCUAGCCGUGGCAGUGGCCGCCGAAGCCCCGAUGGGCGACCUCGUCCUGCAGCCCUGGACAUCCGAGGCAGGACGAACGAUCGAGAAGGAGCCCAUCAACGCUCGCCUUCUUCGCCUCUGCCGCUGUCUGCGAACGCCUUGCACUACCAAGGGUCCGAGGAUGAGGAAGACUUGACCAAAGCCAUGCUGGCUCGGGAGACGUUUCGCGCCAAGCACAGCCGCAGCGGAAGUCGUACCGUUAGCUCCCCGCUGGUGUCCAAGAGGGAGAGGUCAGAGAGCCGGCGCAAAGAAGCCGCUGAAGCCGUCGACACGCUCCCGGCCCUCGUCUCCCACGGCCGAGCAACCUCCACAGAGCACGCGGGCGACCUACGGCAGAUGAAGGAUGAGCGCCAGCGCAAGAAGGAGCAGGCGGCGCGGGAGCUCGAGGAGCGUCGAAAGUCGCUCGCCAAGAGACCGCAGGCACCACAGAUUCCGCACCCGAAUGACUUCAAUCCGCCGAUGGCGAGGAUCGGGGUCGAGAUGUCGGAGCCGAACGAUGCAGCUCAAGAUUUGCCGCCGCGAAGCGCGACGGAGCCGCCCAAGAGCAUGUACGCGCGAAGCGGGCCUGCCAUUGGCCUGCCAGCAACGCCCAAGGCAAUGAGGCUCAUAAUCGAGGCCGAAAACAGCAAGAAAGUGGCCAAUGACGCCCCCAAGAUGCCUCCAGUGCCCGUCACGUUUGCUCAGAGCCUUUCUCCAAACACCUCGCCCAAGAAGGAGGCCACGCUGGAGCCGUUGACGCUCCUGCCGUCGACAGUGUACCAGCCGCCCCAGCGCCCGAUGAUUCCUCGAAGCAUGUCGGCCCCGAUCCCCGACGAGCCCGACCAGGGACGGUAUUCCCGAAAGGCCAGCGUUGGAGAAGUUCGAGGCAUUGACGAAGUGGUCGGGAACAGCAGACGCCGGUCAGGGGAUGACUCGGUUCCGCCACCACCUCCGCCUCUGCCAGUGGCGCCCCCCAUGCUGAAGGAGCUCCAGCAUCUGGCUGUUCCUCCACCUCCUCCUCCGGCGCCGCUGCCGCAUUCUCGGCGUACUCCGAGCCAGGGAGCCAUCGGUUCUGGGAUGAUCGAGAUCGUCAUGGACGAAGACGAUAACGCACCGGUGGCGGCGGCGCCGAACGAUGGCAUGGUGCCCGUCAUUCCACCACCUGCGCCUCCAUCGCGGGGCCACAACCGGGGCCGCAGCAUCGGUGAUGGAGGAAGCAUCUCGGGACGACUGUCCAAGGCCACGGAGCGACUCAGGUCGGCGAGCCGCGGGCGCAAAGACGCGGCGAGGCAUGUGAGGUCGCCGUCGGUCGACCUCCCCAAGGAUGCAGGUCUGAUCCACGCCAGCCAGGUGAGAUCGCCGGUGGCCGGAGUACCGCCUCCAGUCAUGUAUGACACGGAUGUGGUCCGAUCCCCCAUUGACGGCAAGAGCAAGCACCUCUCCACCGGUCUGCACCGGAGCGAGAUGAUCUAA